CAGUGUGAAGGAGCAACGCAAAGGAGACUAAAUUUCAUGCCAACAACAACAACAACAACAACAACAACAGCAACAACAGAAGCAGCAAUGUCAGAAGCAGAGAUGCGUCAGAGGCUACUGUGCACGGUCAAGAAGGAGGUGAAGCAGAUCAUGGAGGAGGCUGUCACCAGGAAGUUUGUACAUGAAGACAGCAGCCACAUUGUCUCAUUUUGUGCUGCGGUGGAGGCGUGCGUUCUACAUGGGCUUAAGCGGCGAGCAGCGGGAUUCCUGCGUAGCAAUAAGAUAGCAGCGCUCUUCAUGAAGGUGGGGAAGAGCUUCACCCCGGCAGAGGAGCUGUGCAGGAAGGCUCAGGAGCUGGAGCAGAUCAUCGAGAGCAAACGGAACCAAAGCUUUCCCAACCAGGACAGCGUACGGAGACUGCCCAGGCUGCCCAGCCUCAACCCGCAGGUGGUCAGAAACCUGUGGCUCCGCACGGCCCUCAUCGAGAAGGUGCUGGACAAGAUCGUGCUCUACCUCGUGGAGAACAGCAGUAAAUUCUACGAAAAAAAGGCCAUUCUGAUGGAUCCGGUGGACGGACCCAUUCUGGCCUCUUUGUUAGUGGGGCCCUGCGCCUUGGAGUACACGAAGAUGAAGACGGCUGACCACUUCUGGACAGACCCCUCAGCAGACGAGCUGGUCCAGAGACACCGCAUCCACAGUGGCCACUGCAGACAGGACUCCCCCACCAAGAGGCCUGCCCUUUGUAUCCAGAAGAGACAUUCCAGUAGCAGCAUUGAUGAGCGGCCUUCCCCCUCGCCCUCAGCCCGGGACUAUGUGGAGUCACUGCACCAGAACAACAGAGCCACCCUGCUGUUUGGAAAGAACAACGUGCUGGUGCAGCCGAGGGAUGACAUGGAGGCUAUCCCAGGAUACCUCUCUCUCCACCAGACCGCCGACAUCAUGACGCUGAAGUGGACGCCCAAUCAGCUGAUGAACGGCUCUGUGGGAGACCUGGACUAUGAGCACAGUGUGUACUGGGAUUACGCUAUGACCAUCCGUCUGGAGGAGAUUGUUUAUUUGCACUGUCAUCAGCAGGUGGACAGCGGGGGCACGGUGGUGCUGGUGAGCCAGGACGGCAUCCAGAGACCCCCGCUGCACUUCCCUAGAGGGGGGCAUCUGCUCCAGUUCCUCUCCUGCCUGGAGAACGGCCUCUUGCCCCAUGGCCAGCUGGAUCCUCCGCUCUGGUCCCAGAGAGGAAAGGGGAAGGUGUUCCCUAAACUGAGAAACAAGUGUUUACAGGGCUCCUCGGACUCAGUGUCCGAUAAGGAGGAGGAUGAAGCCACAGACUAUGUCUUCCGCAUCCUGUUCCCCAACAGCCAAUCAGAGUUUGUGGCUCCAGAGCUGAUGGACCAGGGGGCCAACAUGUGGCAGCCCACCCCCAGGAAGUCCUCCUGCUCGUCCUGUACCCAGGUCAGCUUCUCACAUGGAGGACCCCCCAACGGGUGCAACCAUGAAAGAGCCCCUUUGAAGCUGCUGUGUGACCAAAUGAAGCAUCAGAUCAUCUCCCGGGCGUUCUACGGCUGGCUAGCUUAUUGUCGUCAACUGUCCACUGUACGUACACACCUCUCGGCCCUGGUCAACCACACCAUCGUGGCGCCCGAUGUGCCCAGUGAUGCCUUCACGGGCCUCACCGCCCAGGUGUGGCAGAGGUUCCUUCAGGACUGCACUGCCUAUAAGGAGCAGGAGCUGCUGCGCCUGGUGUACUUCGGCGGUGUUGAACCUUCGCUGCGUAAGGAGGUGUGGCCCUUCCUCCUGGGCCACUACCAGUUUGGCAUGUCUGAGUCUGACAGGAAAGAGGUGGAUGAGCAGGUGCGGGCGUGCUACGAGCAGACCAUGAGCGAGUGGCUGGGCUGCGAGGCCAUCGUGCGGCAGCGGGAGAAGGAGCAGCAUGCAGCGGCGCUGGCUAAGUGCUUGUCUGUCUCGGCCAGCGUGGAUAAUCCAAGCCCUGUUCAGAGGAUGAUGCACCGUGACUCCAGCAUCAGUAAUGAGUCCUCCCAGAGCUGCAGCUCAGACAGACAGAGCCUGGCUCGCCUGCAGAGUGGCUCCAGCAGCAGCACCCAGGUGUUUGAGUCCGUGGAGGAGGUGGAUCAGAUUGAGACCGAGCCCAAGAGCGAAGAGGCCAAGCAGGUGCCCAAGAUCCCCAAUGGAGGAGCCCUGCCCAACGGGACCAGCUCCCCAGACUCGGGGCACCCCUCCUCUCGCAACUUCUCAGUCACCUCAGGCCUGUCAGAACGCUCUCUGAGCACAGAGGACAGCACUGCACCUGACACCACCCCUAAAAACACCACCAGCACUCCUCCACAGUUGGCCCCAGCCCCACAGAGCCCAGUCAUAGCCCAUGAGGAAGAGUUGGAGGCAGAUAGCCCAAACAUCCAACCCCAGGCCCUGCAGGAGGAGAGGGACCUCCAGGCCAUGGACCCACCAGAGAAGGAGGAAAAAGAGAAGGAAGAGAGUGCGACCGAAGUGACCCAAGAGACUGAGGGCAACGAGACAGAAGUGCCAGAUAUAGAAAUAGACAAAAAGACAGUGACAAGGGGUGACAAGGCAACAGACGCAGGUGUGUUAGAGAGCCAGAAAAUAGAGGAAGAAAAUACUUCCGUGACUGAAACUGCCGAGACAGAAGAGGUAAGGACCUCUGAAAGGGAGGACAUUGAGUUACCGAAAGCAGAAGUGGAUGCUGUAGAAGAAACAGUGGAGUCCGAAACAGAUGAGUUCAAAACAAUGGAUGCUAAAGAGCCUGAGACAGAAGUGGUGAAAAUGUUGGAUGGAGAGCCAGCCAUGCUAGCAGACACAGAGGAGAUGCAGUCACUGGAAACAUUGAAAACUCGAGAGUCAAGAGAAACAGAGGACGAAGGAUCAGAACCAGAAUCUGUAGAUCCAGAAGAGAAUGAAACAAACCAUAGAGAGCCAAAAGAGGAGAAGUCAUUGAUAUCAACGGUGACUGCAGAAGCAAUGGAGGACAAGACAUCAGAACUGGAGGAUGAGCGAACUUCAGAGGCUGGAGAAACAAAGAGUGCUGAAACAUCGGAAGUAAAGGAAGCCGUAGAGAAUACUAUGGAAAAUACAGAAACUGAGAAAGAAGUAGGAGCCAAUCAGACUUUAAAAUCUGAGGUAGCCGAAACAAAGGUGGUUAAGACGGUGUCACACAAAGAAGUUGCAGAGGCAAAAGUGGAGGACAUUACAAAAUCUAAGGAAGUGGGAAAAAGAGAGGAGGAGGAGAUCAUACCAUCUGAGGCCGAGCUCCCAGAGACCGAGAAGAAUACAAGCCCCGUAGCAGAGACCAGGUUGGCAAGGGCAAUGGAAGCAUUUGGUUGCACCACCCAGAGUGAGGAGGCUCUGGCCACCACAGAAUCUGACGAGUCUCCUUCAGCCAUUGAGAUGGAGGAGAUCUCCUUGGCAAAAGUCUCCAUGGCCCCACUGUGGGACAGGAAGGGUCCGUGCGACAGUUCCGGGGUCGGGGCUGCUCUCUCUGAGGGCUCAGUCCCCCAUCUGGAGCUCCGACUGGAGGAGGAGGAACAGUGCAAGCCCAGCCCAGAGGGCACAGAGUCCAACUUGUCUGAGGAGCCUGAGAUGGAGAGCAUUUUCCCACAAUUUGACUCCCUGGCCGUGGGCAGAGAGCUGAAAAACGAGGCCAUCUCUCCAGUGUCAUCCAUCGGAACCACCUAUUCUCAGGAGCUUUUAGACAUGUACACGAUGAACCUGCACCGCAUUGAGAAGGAUGUCCAGCGAUGUGACAGAAACUACUGGUAUUUUACCCCUGCCAACCUGGAGAAACUGCGCAACAUCAUGUGCAGCUAUAUCUGGCAGCACCUGGAGAUUGGCUAUGUGCAGGGCAUGUGUGACCUGCUGGCUCCCCUCCUUGUCAUUCUGGAUGAUGAGGCCAUGGCCUUCAGCUGUUUCACUGAGCUCAUGAAGCGGAUGAAUCAGAACUUCCCCCACGGCGGGGCCAUGGACACUCACUUUUCCAACAUGCGCUCUCUCAUCCAGAUCCUGGAUUCUGAGCUAUUUGAGCUAAUGCACCAGAAUGGCGACUACACCCACUUCUACUUCUGCUACCGAUGGUUCCUCCUAGACUUAAAGCGUGAGCUGGUGUAUGACGAUGUGUUUGCGGUGUGGGAAACCAUCUGGGCAGCGAAGCACGCCUCCUCUGGCCACUUUGUCCUCUUCAUCGCGCUGGCACUGGUUGAGGUCUACCGGGACAUCAUUCUGGAGAACAACAUGGACUUCACCGACAUCAUUAAGUUUUUCAACGAAAUGGCUGAGCAUCACAACAGCAAGCAGAUCCUGACACUGGCCCGGGAACUGGUGUGCAAGGUGCAGACGCUCAUUGAGAACAAGUGAUCUCCAGGAGCCG